GUCGCGUUCACGCAGUUCAUCAUCCAGGACAAUGUCAGAGGGUACCACGCCGAGAUCCCCAAGGCCCCAAUCCAGAUCACCGACAGGGAGAAGUGGAACGCGAUGCAACGGAUUCCAGACCAUGAGAUCUACCCCGUGGCUGGCGGGCACAUGAACUACGGGGACUACAGCGACUACCCCGACGACCUUGCCGACACGGACGCGUCCGAGUGCACCACACUCAGGCAGCCACGGGUGGUAGAGCGCUACGGGCCCCUCGUCGGCACCGACGAGCUGGCCCGGCGCUGGGAGACCGAGAUCAACUUUUGCGAGUUCCUCACCCAGCACCAGCACCCCAACAUCGGCCUGUACCUCGGCGGAAUUUUCGAGCGCGGCCGCAUCGUGGCCACGGCAAUGGGCGACCCGGGCCGCCACGGCGUCUUCAGGAUGGUGCGGCCCGCGAAGCCGCCGCCGCUUGACGUCGAAAAGUGGCUCGCGGGGAUCGAGUCCGCAGUGAAGCACCUGCACUCGCUCGGCUACGCCCACAACAACCUCCGGCCCGAUCUCGACCACAUCGUCGCGGGCCGCGGCAAGACGCCCUACAUCUGCGACUUUGAGUUCUGCCGCCCCUUUGGCUCCCACUUCGCCGUCCGCGGCACCGCCUUCGUGUCCGACCCCAAACACGACCUGGCCGCCCUGCAGAAGCUGAGGAAGUAC